UGAAACUUUGAGGAAAUCUUUCGGACAAAACGUGCAAUAUCAACCUGCCGAGCGAAUCCCUCGACGGCGGCGGCCACCGCAAAAUCGAACAAGUUGUUCCCGAUAACGGACGGUGUGUGCUUUUUGGGGGACGGCUCAGACGGCUUCGGGAGAGGCGAAAGCUCGCACACCGUUAUCAGCUGCUCGUCGUCGCCGUCUUCUGAACCCACGUCGUCACAGAGGAAAAUCCGAGUGAAAAGUUGGAUUUUCCUUUUUGCGGAGAAAGGUUUUUCCGGAUUUACGCAGUGAAGUCGCGUUUGGUUUUUUGGGGGGUUUUCGCGAACGGGUUCGGAACAUCCGGAUCGUCCGGCAGGGAGCAGAAAUGCCCAGCGUCAGAAGGAUGAUCCUGGGCCACGUAAUGUCCGGGCUGUGCAGCAAGAUGAACCGGACUAAGCAGCUUCCGGCGGACCUGAUGGAGACCCCGCUGAACCGAUGUCUGAACACGUUCGAUAUCACGCUGCUGGGAAUCGGCCACAUGGUGGGCGCCGGCAUCUACGUCCUAACCGGAACCGUUGCCCGCGAGAUGGCCGGCCCCGGAAUCGUGCUGUCGUUCAUCCUGGCCGGCAUGGUUUCGAUGCUGGCAGCGCUGUGCUACGCCGAGUUCGGAACGCGGGUUCCCAAGGCCGGCUCGGCCUACGUCUACACGUACGUAUCGAUUGGUGAGUUCUGGGCGUUCGUCAUCGGUUGGAACAUCCUGCUGGAGCACAUGCUGGGGGCGGCUUCGGUGGCACGUGCCUGGAGUGGUUACGUCGAUUCGAUGCUGGGCAACAUUGUGGCAAACACAACGAUGGAGAUUACCGGCGAGAUGCACGAGCAGCUGCUGGCCAAAUAUCCGGACUUUCUGGCGUUUGGCGUUUGCAUGAGCUAUGCGAUUGCGUUGGCGACUGGAGUUAAGGCUACGGCCAUGAUUAAUAGUAUUUUGACCACGGUGAACGUAAUCGUGAUGGCUCUGGUGGUUGGGCUGGGCUUUUGGUACGCUGAUGCUGGAAAUUGGUCACUGCCCGAGCAGGGAUUUUUGCCGUAUGGAUUUGGAGGAGUUUUGGCGGGAGCGGCCACGUGUUUUUACGCGUUCGUUGGCUUUGACAGCAUUGCUACUUCCGGUGAAGAGGCAAAGAAUCCAAGCGUAUCCAUUCCACUGGCCACGAUUCUUUCGUUGUGUGCCGUAACCAUUGGGUACGUCCUGGUGAGUGCAGCUUUGACGUUGAUGAUACCGUACAACGAAAUCAAUCCGGCAGCUGCUCUUCCGGAUGCCUUUGGGACACGUGGUAUUGCGUGGGCCAAGUACGCGAUUUCAACGGGAGCUAUUUGUGGAAUGACCACAACUCUGCUUGGAUCUCUGUUUGCUCUGCCGCGAUGUCUGUACGCCAUGGCCAGUGAUGGAUUGUUGUUUUCCUGCUUUGGAAAGGUCAAUACCAAGACACAGGUUCCCUUGUUGAAUCUGGCGGUUUCGGGGCUAUGUUCAGCUCUGUUGGCACUCCUGUUUGAUCUAGAAAAGCUCGUGGAGUUCAUGUCCAUUGGAACCCUCAUGGCGUACACCAUCGUCAGUGCCAGUGUAAUUGUCCUUCGCUACAGACCGAUAGCCGUGGAGGAGACUGUCCACCUCGCUCCGGAUACUCCGGGAACGGACGAAGAAGAAGGCGCUUCCUCUUCUUCCCAAUCGAGUGCCAUUGAUCCGUCUUCACCGACCAGUGAAAUGAUUGAAAUAGCCCUAGCAGGACGUCUGCGUCCUCAGUUCCGCUGGUUAGAGCCGGUUCUCGGACGUUGCGAGCCUGGAGUGGCCUGUUCCGGGGCAGUACUCCUGUUCUGUGUGCUUAGCGUAGCGAUUUGCUUUCAACUACAGGCUUCCUGGGAUGACCUUUACAACGGCGUUUGGUGGGCUCUUGGCCUCUAUGGAUUCCUGCUAUUCUGCCUAGUCGCAUGUAUCGUAGUAAUUUCGGCCCACCACCAAAACACCCGUGGACUCCAGUUCAAGGUCCCACUGGUUCCGUACAUCCCGGCGCUGAGCAUCUUCUGCAACAUCGAACUCAUGGUCCAUCUUAGCUUCCUGACGUGGCUGCGGUUCUUCAUUUGGCUUUCGAUCGGAAUGCUGGUGUACUUCCUGUACGGAAUCCACAACAGCAAGGAAGGUGAACUAGGCGUAACCUCCUAUUCAAUGUUAAUGUCCACCCAGGAGGCGAUCCGGGGCUGGGGCGCAACACACUCGGCCGGACUGACCGGUGGAACGCGAGUCACGGUGACCAAGAUCGUAAAGGGUCGCGUUAGCCGGAAGAGUGUCGACAAGCAAGCCAUCAUCGACGACGACGAUGAUGACUCCUAAACUGCAACUAACAAGCAAUUUCUGGAUAGUAUUCAUGAGGAAUUUUACGUUCUAUACGCUUCAGGUGGCACAAUUAGCCGAACGUUUUCGGUUUACAGAUAUUCAAGGCAACUAACUUUAUAAAGCUUCCACUUUGGAAAACGACAA